CCGAGCCCCCUGUGCUCCGAUCAGCCGGGUUUGCCUCCAUGUCUAGAUAGCAGGAUCGCCACCGACUCAAGACCUCCGCGAACCCUCCAAACACUCGGCCCUUCCACAUAAUGUAUCGCGCCAUGCCUGGUUUCCAGAUGAUGAACUUCACCUGGGCCCGCGCUGCCAUCGCGGCUGGGAUUCUGUUCUUUUUUCUUCUCACAGUCGUGAUGAUCGAUCGCGACUCGGUCCCAUGGAGCAAGGGGAAAGGCCUGCGAUACCAGCCCGGCACCACAGGAUUUCUUACCCCAUCAAACUAUCGAGGGUGAGGCCCUCUUUCCCGCGAUGAUGCGCGAACUCAUGGCACCUAUGCGGUACCCGCUCGACGCACCGGACUUCACCACCGUGCGGGGACAGACAUACGUCCUUAAGGGCACGCCACAAUGGACCAAACCACUCGGCAGGCGAUUGGCGAUUGUCGAUAUCGACACGAGGCCGCUGGACAGGUCGCAACAAGCGCUCAACCCGGAGCGGUUUGUCUACGGACAGCAUGGAUACACGAGCACGGGAAUGUUGAAUCAUUGGCUUUACGCCACGAUCCACGGCUACGACUACCACCUCAUCCGCACCCCCAACUUCAGCGACCGCGUCGCCCCCUGGACCAAAAUCCCCGCCCUCUCCGACCACCUUCACAACUACGACAUGGUCAUCAGCAUCGACGCCGACGCCCUUUUCACCCACCUCAACCUCCCCUUCGAAUGGCUCCUCAACCGCUGGCAAGUCCCCCCGGGCGCCUCUCUCACCAUGGCGCGCGACCCCAUCGCCGACCAGAACUUCGACACCAAGGGCCGCGUCUACAACAACGCCGGCUUUAUCAUCGCCCAGAACAACCCCCGUACCCACGAGAUCCUCCGCGCCUGGGCCUCCUGCCCGGAGGACCAUGAGCGCUUCCCCGGCUGCGACAACCUCCGCCAGAACUGGCCCGCCGAGCAGGCCGCCUUCGGCGAGUACAUCCGCUACGCGUACGACCGCCCCACUGACCUGCAUGAGAUCACAUGCACCGAGGGGAACGGAUGGCUGGGGUCGAACUCCGGGUGCGACGGCGUCUUUGUCGAGCACAUGUGGUCCGGGAAGAACGAGGUGCAUCGCGUGGUGGGGGAGACGGUGGCGCAGGCGGUGUUAGCGAGGGCGCACCAGGACUUUGUAGACCGGGCGGCGGAGAUGGUCCUGGUGCGGGACACGAACGCCUUCAUGGAUAUGGACUUGGCGGGUAGACCUAGUGGGUGAGGUUCGUCCCGUCUGCUCGCCGGGUUGACGACCGUACUUUCACUUUUUCACCCGGACGCAGCGGUCCAUUCCCGGGGUGACCUGCUUUCUUAUUUUCUGGGAGCUCGAGCCUGCUUCUGCGCGCUCAUACGUUCGCUCGCAUAAUACCCUAUUAUUGUUAUUGCUUCUAGCGGCAUCGAUUGGAGUUCUAUCGGACGGGUGGACUAGAAGGAGGGACCCCCCUUACUGGACACGGUGUAUAUGGUUUGUGUCUCCUUCGUUUGGGGUCCGUCGACGGUGCGAGGGACUCGGCCUGGAAUGGACCAACGACAUUAUAAAAUGUAUCAGGGAGUG